CUCCCCCGCGGCGCCGUCCCCUCCUCCCGCCCGGGGCGAGCCUGUGCUCAGCCUCCAGCUCUCCGGCCGCGGCGCAGCUUCAGGGCAACGCGGGCUGCAGCGGCGGCGGUGGUCGGGGCUGUGUAGGGCGCGUCCUCCUCCUUUUCCUCGCUCUCCUCCUCCUCACUCCUCGCCAUCCUCCUCCUCCCUCCUCCUCGCCUUCCUCCUCCUCUUCGUCAGGCUCCGCAGAGCUGCGAGCGGCAAGAUGGCGGCGCCCAGACCGCCGCCUGCCCGGCUGUCGGGCGUCAUGGUGCCGGCGCCCAUCCAGGACCUGGAGGCCCUGCGCGCGCUCACGGCGCUCUUCAAGGAGCAGCGGAACCGUCUGCACCAUAGUUUGAUUCCGAACCUUUUGCUGUGCGAGAUACCAAUUUUGAGUAAAGCAGACAUUAAGAUCACAAGGAAUGACUUCAGGGAAGAUCACUCACAAGGGAAAGGUGGUGCCCAUGUGAGAGGCAGAUGGCAGAGGAUCAGAGAAACAGCACCCAGGACUAUCUUCCAAAGAGUUCUGGAUAUCCUAAAGAAAUCCUCUCAUGCUGUUGAGCUUGCCUGCAGAGAUCCAUCCCAAGCAGAAAAUCUGGCUUCCAGCCUGCAGUUAAUAACAGAAUGCUUCAGGUGUCUUCGAAAUGCUUGCAUAGAGUGUUCUGUGAACCAAAAUUCAAUCAGGAACUUGGAUACGAUUGGUGUUGCUGUUGAUUUGAUUCUCCUGUUUCGUGAACUGCGAGUGGAGCAGGAAUCUCUGUUGACAGCUUUUCGCUGUGGCCUGCAGUUUUUAGGCAACAUUGCUUCACGGAAUGAAGAUUCCCAGUCUAUUGUUUGGGUGCAUGCUUUCCCAGAACUGUUUUUGUCUUGCUUAAAUCAUCCAGACAAAAAAAUUGUUGCCUACUCUUCAAUGAUUUUGUUUACAUCCCUUAAUCAUGAAAGAAUGAAAGAACUGGAAGAAAACCUCAAUAUUGCAAUUGAUGUCAUAGAUGCUUACCAAAGACAUCCUGAAUCAGAAUGGCCGUUCUUGAUUAUUACAGACCUCUUUCUGAAAAGUUCGGAAUUGGUACAAGCCAUGUUUCCCAAACUGAACAAUCAAGAAAGAGUUACGCUGUUAGACCUUAUGAUAGCCAAGCUAACGAGUGAGCAGCCACUCACCAAGGAUGACAUCCCUGUGUUUUUACACCAUGCUGAGUUGGUCGCAAGCACCUUUGUGGAUCAGUGCAAGACUGUGCUCAAGUUGGCCUCUGAGGAGCCUCCAGAUGAUGAGGAGGCGCUGGCUACGAUUAGGCUUCUCGACGUCCUGUGCGAAAUGACUGCGAACACCGAGCUGCUUGGCUAUCUGCAGGUUUUCCCUGGCUUGCUGGAAAGAGUGAUUGAUCUUUUACGGAUGAUUCACGUAGCUGCGAAAGAAACCACAAACAUUUUCAGUACUUGUGGUUGUGUGAGAGCAGAAGGUGACAUCUCCAAUGUGGCCGAGGGGUUUAAGUCUCAUCUCAUUCGUCUGAUUGGAAAUCUGUGUUACAAGAAUAAAGAUAACCAAGACAAGGUCAAUGAGCUGGACGGUAUCCCGUUGAUCCUGGACAACUGCAGCGUCAGUGACAGUAACCCCUUUCUGACCCAGUGGGUGAUAUAUGCCAUCCGAAACCUUACCGAAGACAACAGCCAAAACCAAGAUGUGAUUGCAAAGAUGGAGGAACAGGGGCUGGCAGACCCAUCCCUCCUUAAACAAAUGGGUUUUGAAGUUGAAAAGAAGGGCGAAAAGCUGAUCCUGAAAUCUACUAGAGACACCCCUAAGCCAUGAAUGAACUGCAUCCAAAUACCUGAAUUUUUGGUGUCUGUUUCAUGGAUUUUUCUAUCUUCUGCAGUAUGUGAAAUCGCAAGUGUUUGAAGAUUUAUAAGUACAAAUUUGGGAACUUAUGAAUCUUUUAGGUAGUAGAAUUUAAUGUGUAUAAGCUAAAAGUGAAAGUAACUAAGCGGUCUCUUGUUUCUUUGCUUUCAUGUAACUGCGUGCUUUGCCUUUGUCCCCCUAGAUAGAAUGUGCGUUUAAGUAAUAUAUUGUACCUUCCUGCGACAGCAGAUAAUAAACCAGUCUCUUGGAGGGCACUCCCUUUGAAAAAAC